GAUAACGGAGGCGAGCUCCGUCCGCUGUUUUUCAGUCGCGCCCGUAAGAGCAACCGCGACGCACUGCUUCUGUGUCGGACGGUCGCAAAGCUUACGAAAACAUUCAUAAAGAAACUGUUUUAUGUGAAGUGAAUUUGUGUGUUCUUCGUCAUGUUUGAUUGUGUUACAACGCGUGAGAAAUGAACGAAUAAACAAGCUCUAUAAAAAUAUAACAAAAUGUCCAACAGAACGCAGACUUUAUUGGAUAUAUUCCAAGAGAUAUUAGCCGCGUCAGGCAAUUCAUCAGAUAGCAUCAAUGAGACACAAAUCGUAUCCGUCUUGCGGGAGCAGGCGACGAAGUCAGGCGCGGGGGAAGACUUCGAAUCCGUCAUAGUUAAAAUGAUGAAGGAUGCGAGAAGCAAACUGAAUUUGACGCUAAAACCCGAUACUUGCGGGUAUUGCGAAGGCGGUUUCCGAGAUGUUAUUCAAGCAUACAACGGCAUCCAUGGAUACGUCAGUUUACUGGUAUGCACCAUAGGUGUUUUGGCAAACACGAUGAACAUAGCAGUGCUGACGAGGCGGGACAUGGCAGCCGCGCCGAUCAACAGGCUACUCAAAUGGCUGGCCGUGGCUGAUGUCUUCGUCAUGGUUGAGUACGUGCCAUUCGUUAUAUACAGACAUUUGGUUUUACCAGAAAAAUUGGACUUUCCAUACUCGUGGGCGAUGUACCUUCUCUUCCACAUGCAUUUCGCCCAAAUAUUACACACUGCAUCAAUAUGUUUGACGCUUUCAUUGGCUAUUUGGAGAUAUAUCGCGAUAAAAUAUUCUGACAGAAGUCACAUUCUGUGCACGGAGCGGCGGUGUAGCAUCGCGAUAUUGACAAGUUUUAUAUUACCGCCUAUUCUUUGCACGCCCACCUUUAUGGUAUUUGACAUUCACACAAAGAACGUUACGGAUGCAUACGGAAAUCCUGACAUUGCUUACCAUGUCGACUCUGACUACCAGGGAAGGUUAUAUCAGGCGAAUUUUUGGGUUCACGCUGUUCUUAUAAAGCUGCUUCCAUGUUCAAUCCUGACGGUUAUAAGUGUUUGGUUGAUACGAGCGUUGUACAACGCGAAUCAACAUCAGAAGAAUCUGAGGAACUACAGCGCAUGUCCCGCUGCGGAGAAAAUGGUCAAAAGACAGAACAAGGCCGACAAACGGACGGAUAGGACAACAAAAAUGUUGUUAGCAGUACUGCUUUUGUUUCUGGUGACUGAAUUGCCGCAAGGAAUUUUGGGACUGAUGAGUGGUUUAUUAGGCUGGUGCUUCUUCAAGAGAUGUUAUGAUCUGUUCGGAGAGUUGAUGGACUUUCUGGCGCUGUUGAACGGAGCGAUUAACUUCAUUUUGUACUGUACGAUGUCACGCCAGUUUCGUCAGACGUUCCGUCAGAUGGUGCUGCAGCCGCCUCUUGCGAGGUUCAUGCCGCCCACAGUCUCCCACUCCGAUUCACACAACCAGAACACGUGCAUGGAAAAGAUAAAAAGGUAACUACGCCCGAACUUCAAUAUAAAUAUGGAUAUUGCAAAAACAUCCAUACCGUGAGGGCGGAUCAAACAUGGGAAUGCUCCUGUAAUAUGUGAACAUUUUCUAUAACAGUGAAACGUGACAAGAAAUGAGACGUGAGAACUUGCAAAGACUCGUGAAUUUGAUAUGUCCAUGAUGUGGAGUGACCACAACAUAUGCGUCUUUAGAAUGCUUAAUAGUAUGUGUAUGUUUGCAACGAAAUAUCUGAGGCCAUACACAAGAUGGCUUACUGCAAUCGUUAAUGCUAAUAGUAAACAAUAAGUCUAUCGCUAGGAUAUGUCAUUACCGUACAUUGUUUUUUUUUAGCGUUAACGAUUUGAAGUCAUCUUGUUUAAGUAGGCCCCUUAGUUAGUAAUAGGCUUUCUAUAGUAUAACAUGUCCCGCAGAGAAUUUAUAUUAUUCGUUGUAAAUUGUUCUUUGUCAUGAAGCAAGAAGUCAGAAUCUGCAUAAUCGGGAAUUCUGGCAUUGCUUAUUUAUUAUAAAAAUAAAAAAAUACAAUGUAUGAAUUUGGAAUCCCGAUUUCUUAUAGAUUAAUAAGGUUUAGGGACAUAUUUAUGACAUACUCUUAGUACAAGACAUUUAGCGUCCUAAAACAAUAAAAUUUAAGUCCUAAUGAAAAAACUUAUCUCAAUUGUAAUGUAAAUA